CUCCAGCACACAGUCAGUCAAGGCUGUUCUCUGCUCACAGAGCGAGAGCAGGCGAAUGAGCCAGUGCCUACUGCUUGGCUGGUUCUGUUUUUGCUGGCAAGGAGUAGGGUUUGAUCACUGACAACAAACUAUUACAGAUUCUGCUUCUCCUGCUGGCUUCUUGAUCAGCCCAGAACGAUGGGUUUAAUUGCUUCGUCGCCAUAGCAGCCCUCCAUGGAUUGUUCUGAGAAGUUAAAAGGAGAGUGAGGGGAUCUAUUUAAACCUGUGUGGGGAAACUGCUUUCUGAAGCUCUGAGUUUUACAGGUUUUGGGUUUUUUUUUGUGCCCUGUCAGCACAGCAAAGAGGAAACUGAAUGACCUCUGGAGCUGCUGAAAUCCAGCUGCUUGUGGAUUAUGGGUACAACUGCCAGCACAGCUCAGCAAACAGUCUCAGCAGUUGCAUUUGAGAACAUUCAGGGCAACGGGACCAUGGAGGAUCGCCAUUCGCUUAGCAUCCACUCCUGCCAGGCCAUCAGUCUUCAUAACAACAAAGCCAAGUCCAUCAUCACCAACAAGGUGGCACCUGUUGUCAUCACCUACAACUGCAAAGAGGAAUUUCAGAUUCACGAUGACCUGUUGAAGGCCAACUACACAGUGGGGCGCAUUUCAGAGACCACAUCGGAACACUACCUUGUACAGGGGAAAUAUUUUAUGGUCAGAGAUGUAUACAGUAAAUUGGAUGUCUUGAACACUACUGGCAGCUGUGGAGCUCCAAAUUUCCGACAGGCCAAAGGAGGGUACAAAGUGUUUGGAAUGGGACAGCCCAGUCUCAAUGGAUUUAAGCAAGUGCUGCAGAAACUCCAGAACGAUGGGCACAAGGAGUGCAUCUUCUUCUGUGUGCGUGAGGAGCCUGUUCUGUUUCUAUGCAUGGAAAAUGACUUUGUGCCCUACACACCCAGAGGAAAGGAGAACUUGCAUGAAAACCUGCACAGCCUACAGAGGGGGGUCACAGUGGACAACACGGAGCUUGCAAUUCGGAAAGAGCUACAUGAUUUUGCCCAGCUGAGUGAGAACACAUAUUAUGUUUACAAUGACAUCGAGCACUUCAAAGAUGAGCCACACACCGUAACCAUCCAACGAGAAGAGGACAUCCAUGUGACGGCAGAAGUGUAUAAGAGGCCUGUCUUCCUGCUGCCAUCGUACAGGUAUCAUCGGCUGCCAUUGCCUGUAGAUGGGGCACCUCUAGAAGCACAGUUUGAUGCUUUCACCAAUUUCCUCAGGGAGAGUCCAAACCUGCUCCUGCUCCAGGACCCCAGCAGACUGCCUCCUGCUUUACUCUUCAGCUGCCAAACUGGCGUUGGCAGGACCAACCUUGCCAUGGUUUUAGGCACCCUGGUGCUUUAUCAUCGCAAGGGGACAACACAGAAACAAGAUCUUCCACAUCCUGCUAAUACUUUGUCCCGGGACCGAUUUCAGGUUAUUCAGAACUUCAUUGACAUGGUACCAAAAGGCCAACAAAUCGUUGAGGAGGUGGACAGUGCUAUUUCCUGCUGCUCUGAAAUGCAUGACAUGAAGGAAGCCAUCUAUGAGUAUAAGAAGAAAUUGGAAGGAAUUGGAGAAGAUUACCAAAUUCAGGGGAGUAGCACCAAAGAGUAUUUCCUUCAAAGGACUUUGCAGAGCCUUGAGCGCUAUUUCUACUUGAUUGCUUUCAACUACUACCUUCACGAGCAGUAUCCACUGGCCUUUGCCCUCAGCUUCAGCAGAUGGAUGUGUAGGCACCCAGAGCUCUACAGGCUACAGAUGAACAUGAACCUCUCGGAGCUCACAGUGACUGGGGAACUGAUAACAAAGGGGACGCGAGUGCUAGUGGUGGAUGAGCGUUUCUCCCCAGAUGUGCUUAGCACAGUCAAGGAAAUGAGUGUAGCCAACUUCCGGAGGGUCCCCAAGAUGCCUGUGUAUGGGAUGGCACAGCCCAACUCCAAGGCUAUUGGAAGUGUCCUGAGCUACCUGACUGAUGCAAAGAGGAAGUACUCCCACAUCAUGUGGAUUAACCUCCGUGAAGAAGUGGUGCUAGAGGGAAAUGAACAAAUCUACACCGUCCGGGAACUUGGGAACCUAGAACAACAGAUUACAGUGCCUGUUACUUCACCUGAACAACUAGAGAAAUUAGAGUCCGCCUUGAAGGAUGACGUGCUGAAAUCCCAGAAGUGGCUGGAGGUAUAUGUGGAACAAGAGAAGCAGAUGAAGAUGUUUAAAAGUUGCCUGACCAUGCAGGAGAUAUUUAAUCAGCACAAGAGUACAUGCCAGGGGCUGGUGUACAGACGAAUCCCAAUCCCAGACUUCUGUGCUCCCAAGGAGCAGGCUGUUGAUCAGCUGCUGGAUGCGAUGAAGAGUGCACUAGCUGAGGAUUCUCAUGCGGCCUUUGUGUUCAACUGCCAUAGUGGCCGAGGGAGGACCACCACAGCCAUGGUUAUUGCUGUCCUCACACUCUGGCACUUCAACGGCAUCCCUGAGAUGAGUGAGGAUGAAAUUGUGAGUGUUCCUGAUGCCAAGUACACCAAAGGGGAAUUUGAGGUGGUGAUGAAGGUAGUGCAGCUUUUGCCAGAGGGGCACAGAAUGAAGAAGGAGGUAGACAUGGCACUAGAUACUGUAAGUGAGACCAUGACGCCUAUGCAUUAUCACCUGAGAGAGAUCAUCAUAUGUACCUACAGACAGGGGAAAACAGCCAAGGAAGAGAAGGAAAUGCGGAUGUUGCAAUUGCAGAGCCUACAGUAUUUGGAACGAUACAUCUAUCUAAUCCUGUUCAAUGCAUACCUGCAUCUGGAGAAGAAAGAAUCUUGGCAGAGGCCAUUCAGUGUCUGGAUGCAGGAGGUGGCGGCCAAGGCUGGAGUUUAUGAGAUCCUGAAUCAACUGGGGUUUGCCGAGUUUGAGAACCCAGAAGACAAGUCUCUCUCCAAGCUCCGCUACCGCUGGCAGGAACAGAGCCGUAGCCAACUUCCAUUUCGAGGGGAGUUCAUUUAGGACCUGACACUGUGAGGCACCUUGGAAAUGUCUACAUUUCUCCAGACUUGGCUGGUUCACUUGCUUUUUAUGGGUGGAGGGAGGGAGAAUUUGCCUUAAGGAAGACUUUGUUUCCAGAAAGAUUGGAGAGGGAACGGGACACACCUUAAACUGACUUUAGAAAAACAAAAAUUUAUAGUGUUCUGUUAGACACAAUAAAAAUAUUGUAAAUUAAAUGACAGGUGUCUAAUUAAAAACAUUGUGUAAUCUUGAAAGAAUCUCUGAAAUGUUUGAGACAAUCUUUUGAAUUUAGUGAAUGUAUUAGCAGCAAGUGCCAAAUUUUUCAUGGCCUUCUUCAUUUUCCCACUAUAGCAGUGCAGUGUCUGUGCUAUAUAUAAAGUGAUAUAAAUGCAAAAGCAUUUGCAGGCGUACUUAGGAUUCAUGAAGAAUCCUGUAAGCACUAGAAUAAGAUUUGGAUUUUUAUGUUCAUUCAUAUUUAUUACACUUUUUUAAAUUAACUUUAACAACAAACUGGAGGUGUUUGAGGAAAAAAAUAAGCUAAUAACUUUCCACCGCUUGUACAGUCAAAAUCCCUGUUUCCAGUGCUGGGAUAUUUUAGCUGUAGUAUGGUACCAAAGCUUUUGUUUAGCAAAGAGCUAAGUUUUGUGGAUCCAGAAACAAAAGAUGAAAUCUUGGUCCAACUGCAAUCAACAGGAGUUUUGCUGUUGAAUUCAGCAUUUCACAGUGUGACUAAAGCAAUAAAAAAAAGUUGCAGCAGUAACAAUAAAAAAGAAGGGAUUAAAAAGAUUAAAAAUAAAGGGAAUCAAGAUUGUUCAAAGAAGGAAUGAAGUCACAUUCCCAGUAUUGCAGCUUAGGGAGAGGCUGGUUGCAGAAGGUUUGGUGAGCAGAAAUGGAAUAGUCAAGAGCUAGCAUAAAUAGGAUAACAAAAUAAGAUAUGAAAUACAAAUGCACAAGCAUGCGAGUCUGUCUCUUUCAAAGCCUGCUUUCAUCAGCUGCCAGCAGUGCUGGAGGUGCAUACAUCAAAAUUAAAAAGUGAACUUUUUUGAAAAAUAAAAUACAAGAGGUUUAUGUUUUUGUUUGGAAUCAUUUCUAUUGCUACUUCAAAAUCCAAGCUCUGAGGCUUCUGUUUAUCAAGCAUUUUUUUUUGGCUUCUUUCUGAAGGAGCAUUUUGUUUUGUUUACUUUUUAUAAAUGCAAAGCAUCUGAUCAAGUAUUUUACAACUCCAGCAGGAUAUUUUAGUGUUUGAGAUGCUGGAGAUAAAGGUGAAUAGAUAACUAGUAACUGCAAAGUGGCAGAGGCUAUUCUUUUGUCUUUUGUUACUUCUAGCACAAUCAUAAAUUUUCACUUCUUUUCAUACCCUGUAGUAAUUGAAAUGUGGCUGUGCAGAAGUGACAAAGCCAAAUUAAACUUGAAAUUAGAGUAUGGCACUGGUAUGCAGAGAACUCUGAAACAGCCUUGUUUAUUGAUUUCUGUAACAAAGAUGUAUAUCACCUUUUGUAUUCCGUUCCUUUCAUAUAAUGGAACAUCUACUGUAUUUUUUGCAAAACUACUGUACAGCUGUAUGCCUCCACUUUGUUUCUAAAUGUUAUGGGAUCUUC